AUGCGUGAGAAGGGAGGACGCAAUGGAAAGAAGGACAGUACAUCCGAGACUCCAACAAGACGUUCGCAUCGGAAGAAGGCUGGUCGACCGGAAGCUGGACCCACUACUCCUCUGGUAAAGAGUGUAAACAAAUACGGCUUUGAGGUAUGGGUUCCGGCUACCGGAUCGAACAGCCUUACGGCGAGUCACAGUGCGAAAGAAGAGGGCGCAAAAUCCCUCUCUCUUCAAGAAGACGACAUCUCCGAUGAUGUUUCGGUCGGACACACCCCCGAUACCGCGGUAGCUGAUCCGGACAAAGAGAUUACCGGAGACGCAAUAUCUCAAGAGCACACCGAUGGCGAUAGGAGGCGUGAUAAAGUUAAUGAUGUCACUAGGAAUGCAGUGAAAGAAAAUAUGGUGGCAGUGGAGGACGUUGUCGACACCAACUUCAUCCUUGAACGCCUGAAGACGUACAAUAGGAAAAGUUCCACCGACCGGGAUCCAGCUGCGCAAGAUGCUAGUGACCGGAACAAUCACACAGUACCAGAUCAAGACGUUCAGAUGAUGGAUGUUGAUGACGCUCAAGCUAGUGUCACCGCUUCUGGCUUUGCUCGUGGCGAUACAAAUCUCCAAGUCAACCAUCAUGCUUCGCCAGACUUGUUACCAGAGGAGGACGUUGCCGCUGCUGAGAUCGAUAACCCACUGGCAAAUAACCUCGGUGUCGGAAGGACGACACCCGGCCCCCUGUAUUGGCGUGCAGCCGACAAACGAACGGAAACUGGUGUCCACUUCUUCAACAUGCCUUUCGAGGACUUGCGUGAGAUGACGCGACUUCAGGCUCUCGAGCGAGCGCGUCCGCAGUCAUCCGAAGAACUUCGUGCUUUGCUGGUCUCCGCGACUACCAGUAGCGAAUCCAGCCCCGAAGAAUACACCCUCGCCGAUGCCAGAGUCAAGCUCCAAUCAUGUCGCAAUGCGUUGUAUGGCGUUCGAUUGAGGGAGCGCAUGGCUACGAUGCGCAUGGCCGCCGCUCGCGCGACGCAACAACCGCGCAGUCUUGUUGCACAGCUUGAGGUUAUCACCGAGGAGGCACGGAAGGAGCUUCUUGCUGCUCAGGAUGCGUUUGAUGAGGACUUUCGGAAUGUUGCCGUCGCUAAGCAAGCCCUCAAGAAUGUCACAGGUAAGCCCGUGGCAGAUCUUCAGGACCCAGAGACGGAAGCGGAUGCUUUGAGAAGGGAGAAGAUGGUUAAUGAGAUCAAUGGGGCUAUCGCAGAGUAUGAAGCGCAUGUGAAAGCGCAGCACGGUAUUAGUUGA